AUUGUGUUGUUAGCUGCCCAUUGCUUUUGGCGAUUCGAUUUUGUUUUGUCUGCAAGCCCGUGUCGGCCAAAUAGCAAAUAUAUAGUGCCCAGGUAUACCGAAAUUUCGCAUAAUCUUGCAAACAUUGGCACUUGAGACAUGGCACAGGCACGUGUGGCAACAACAACGUCAUUAAACGGCACUGGGACAGCAACAACAACUACCAUGUCUCACAACAAAUCGGAUUGCAGCAAUGGCGUAUUAAACCUAGGUGAGGACAGCUGGGAGGAGUUCUCAAUAGACGUGCCCUGGGGAACUGUCGCAGGAAAAUGGUGGGGUUCACGGAAUAGACAACCAAUCAUUGCCCUUCAUGGCUGGCAGGACAAUUGCGGCAGCUUUGAUCGACUGUGUCCGCUGCUCAGUGCUGAUCAUUCCGUUUUGGCUAUUGAUUUGCCUGGCCAUGGCAAAUCGUCGCACUAUCCCCAGGGCAUGCAAUACUUCAUCUUUUGGGAUGGCAUCUGUCUGAUUCGUCGAAUAGUUCGAAAAUUUAAUUGGCAAAAUGUCAUCCUGCUGGGUCAUUCGCUGGGCGGAGCAUUGACCUUUAUGUAUGCGGCUAGUUUUCCGGAUGAAGUUGCCAAAUUGAUCAACAUUGAUAUUGCUGGACCAACAGUUAGGGGAGUGAAACGCAUGGCCGAAGGUACCGGCAAGGCUCUAGACAAAUUCCUCGAUUAUGAAACGCUGCCGGCCAGCAAGUUGCCCUGCUAUAGCUACGAUGAGAUGAUCAAGUUGGUGCUGGAUGCCUACGAUGGAUCAGUGGAUGAGACGGCUGUGAAAGUUCUAAUGAAACGAGGCAUGCAAGUAAAUCCAAAUCAUCCCGGUGCCAACGAAGGUUAUCUCUUCGCACGUGAUCUUCGUCUGAAAGUUAGUCUCUUGGGCAUGUUCACGGCUGAACAGACUAAAGCCUAUGCGCGGCAAAUUCGUUGUGAAGUUUUGAACAUACGUGGAAUACCGGGCAUGAAAUUUGAGAUGCCCGAAGUUUAUGCUGAUGUGAUAGCCAUCCUAAAGGAACAUGCUAAAUCUGUUGUAUACGUCGAAGUACCUGGCACCCAUCAUCUCCAUUUGGUCACACCUGAACGUGUGGCUCCUUAUAUCAAUAAUUUUCUAAGUGACAAGUAAUCGGGGAUCGAUGGAUGCGAUAGCUAUUUUUAAGUAGGAGGCUCUAACUGUAGAUAUGUAUGGAUGUAAAUUAGUUAAUACGAAUGUGACUAAGCUAAGUAAGUGAAGGCGGUGAAUUGCUAAUAUCAGAAUGCUUGAGCGAGUAUUAAAAACAACAAAAGACCCUAA